AAUCUGAAAAGACACAGAAUUACUCAAUAUUAACUUGUCUUGAGACUUGACAUAAACAUGGCAGCACAAACUACAGUCCAGCAUGAGCAAGGAGCCGAAGAUCCUGCCGUUACCAACUUUAGACGAUACCUUCGCAUCAAGACUGUGGAACCUGAUCCAGACUAUGCUGGAGCAAUAGAAUUUUUGAAAGAGAUGGCCGGGGAAAUGGGAUUACCAGUACAGUGCAUUGAGGUGCAUCCUGGGAAGACUAUUGUCAUCAUCACAUGGGAAGGAACUGACCCCACCCUCAAGAGCAUCAUUCUCAACUCACACAUAGAUGUUGUUCCAGCCUCUGCAGACCAUUGGAAAUGUGAUCCAUUUGAAGCUAAGAAAAUGGAAAAUGGGGACAUUUAUGCUAGAGGCACCCAGGACAUGAAGUGUGUUGGAAUUCAGUACUUGGAGGCGAUCCGGAGGCUGAUCAAGAAAGGGCAACGAUUGCUUCGCACAGUCCACAUGCUUUUUGUCCCAGAUGAAGAACUUGGAGGAUUCAAGGGAAUGAAGCUGUUUGUUCAGACACCUCAAUUUCAGAAACUCAACAUGGGGUUUGGACUAGAUGAAGGUCUUGCCAACCCAACAGAAAAGUUUACAUUGUUCUAUGGAGAAAGAGCAACAUGGUGGAUCGAUGUGAUUUGCACUGGAGAUCCUGGUCAUGCUUCAAAGUUUGUAGAAGACACAGCUGCAGAAAAGGCAGUAAGUUAUAAUGAAGAAAUAUUUCUUUUAGAAUUGGGUAAAUUAUGCUUUAUCUUUACCAAUAACUUUGGUGUUUUACUUGUGAUGGAAUUUCCUAGAUUCAUUGUGGAUUAUAGAGUCAAUAGUACUAAGUCAAUAUGCCUCUCAUCAUUUUGUUUUUUUAAAUAUUUUUGUUUGCAGCGGAGAGUCAUGAAUGCAUUCCUGGGCUAUAGAGAUGAAGAAAUGAAGAGGUUGAGUACAGAAAAAUUGGGAGAUAUUCAGACUGUGAAUUUGGUGCGAAUGUCGCUGCUACCUUUCAAAAAUCUUUUUUCUUUUAUGUUAUCCCAGGGAGGUGUGGCUAACAACAUUGUUCCUAUUGAACUGAGACUGCGCUUUGAUCUCCGACUCUCCCCACAGCAAACACCAGAGUUUCUUGAGAACAAGAUCAAGGAAAUGAUAGCAUCUGCAGGGGAAGGUGUGUCCUUUGAGUGGAUCAGGAAAGGAGUCUGCUACUCAACACCUCUGGAUGACAAAAAUGUCUGGUGGCAAACCUUCAAAAAAGUUUGUGAUGAGAAAAAGCUGGAAUUGGAAACUGGGGUGUUUCAAGCAGCGACCGAUAGCUGCUACAUCCGAGCUUUGGGGAUUCCUGUUAUCGGAUUCUCACCCAUCAAUAAUACUCCCAUACUUCUUCAUGAUCACAAUGAAUACCUUAAUGAAGGCGUCUUCUUACGAGGCAUCAACAUCUAUGAAUCUCUCAUUUCAGCCAUAGCCAAUGUGCCUGAGUAGUUGCUGCCUUGUUGCCCAUGCCAGCACUAUCAUCAAACAUUUUAGUAUCAGAAUUAUGUACGUGUAUUCAUACUUUAUUAUUAGAAACACUAUCUCUACUGAAAUUCCAGUCUAUAGUAUUAUCUCAUUACACCUCAAAACAUAAUAUACGGUAAUCCUCAUUUUCACUGAUGUUUACUUUGUUCAUUGUGCAUCUAAAUUCUAAAUGAAAUGUAUUUACUAUUGUCAGUAAUAGUUACAGGGGCAAAUGAGUAGCUUUACAAAGAUUUUCUUCAGAAAAUGUGGAGAAAACUGACAAAGUUUUUUCAUGAACAUGUGUGCAUAAUGGUAUAUGUAAUUUCCCAGCUCCCUAGGAGUUUGUUAUAAUGAGGUUAUACUGUACUUUCUUUGGAAGACUGGUCUGGAUUUAAAAAAAAAACAGUUGUAUGUCUGAUCUUAUAACAUGUAAAUCCACACUCAAGAAUAGUUUUACCAAUUCUCAUGAUUUUUGGUGAACACUGCAACAUUAAAGAAAAGGCUGCCGAUCACAAUAAAUUAGAGGUUUACCAUCCGUAUUUAUUACUGCAUACCGACUCUAACAAGAUGCCAGCCAUGAAGGGGAGACAAUCGACUCUUUAAAAAAAUGUAUAAUUUUUAAAAUCUCUCACAGAGAGUGACAUAAAACUAUGGCACUGGCCUUUACCUUUAAGCAUGUGUUCAUUGUUUAGCACGUUAGCACCAUCUUUCUUUUCUCCUCUGUAAAAUAGAAAGCUGGAAUUAGAGACACAGGUGUGCCCAGGUGCAACCGAUGCAAGCUAUAUCCGUUCUUUGGGAAUCCCUGUUUUAGGAUUCUCACCCAUGCCUACCACUCCCAUACUUCUUCAUGAUCACAAUGAAUACCUUAAUGAAGGCGUCUUUCUCCGAGGAAUCAACAUCUAUGAAUCCAUCAUUCCAGCUUUAGCUAGUGUUCCUUAGUGUGUUGAUGCUUUGUACCCAUAGCUACAACCCCAGCAAUAUCAUCCAAUACUACUGUACGAGAGCCUUAAUUGUAUGUGCGAUACACACAUAUACGAGUUGCUUUUGAUAGUAUAUACUCAUUUGUAAUACUAAUUGCCUUGGCCUUUACCAAGACAAAUUUCUUCAUGGUAUUGAGAUAUCUCGAAUGGCAUCCCUAUAGCUCAUGCCCCAAAACACGAGUAUUGAUAUGAUACAACAGUGAUAUAAUAACGACGUAUUAAAAACUGUUAUCAUUGCAAUUUUUUUUUUAAUGGCCUUUUCGUUCUUAAUGGAUCGAUUGAGUUACUGAGGAAGGAUACAAGCUUUAGAAUUUAAAGGAAUAGAAUAUCUGGGGUAAUUAAAGCAUGUUCAUUUGUUAUACCCAGUAUUGCAUUUAUAUAUUUGUCUUAUUAAAGUUACAAACCAUGAAUUUUUGUCCAUUCUAUAGUCAUUUUCAAACUUGUGCGAGAUCAAAUUUAAGAUAAAUCCAUUUGGGACAAUCCUGUCCAGAUUGUAGACAUUUUCAAUACCACAUUAAUCUAAAUUGAAAAGUAUGAAAAUAUUAUCAAGAGACUGAUACUGCUUGAUAACAAAAUAUGUACUAUUUUGCCAACAUUUGUACCCAUAUCUACCUAUUUUGUAUAUUUAUUAAUCAUAUAAUAUCUAUAUUUUGAAAAAUUGCCAAGUGUGUGUAUAUACUUGCCCAUCCUAUUUUUAUCAGGGGAUUUUGAUUUGUGUAAUGGAAAGCAAUAUGUGUUUAAUUUGUUGUUUGACUAUGUUAUUUGAGGUGAAUUACAUACAAAUAAAUGCUGAUACACAUAUAUAAUAAAUGUUUCUACCA